AUGUUUGCGACUCGCCAGCCCUUGACAGCAUUGGCAUGCCUCUUUGCUGCGCUGGGAAUAAUUCCUACUGCAUACGCUCAAGACAAGAUCUUCAUCAAUGGGACUGGUGACGAUGGCGUAUUUCACGACCGUUUGGAUGUUAGCAGGACCCCUUCUCUCUACACAGGCGACUUCGACGACUGCUUAAACGAUGGAAGCUUGUUCAACGUGACUGGCUUUGACACAGCAUACUACUCCGAUAAUCUCACAGUGUCAUUUCAUAUGUACGGAAGUUCCAAUAUUCGACGGGAAAAUGUCAUGAUGCAUCUUUCUAUCGAGGUUUACGGGGAGGAGCGUUUCAACAAAACCUACGAUCCAUGCGCGGAUAACGUCACAAGUCUUUGUCCACUCGAGGCUGGAAAGCCCAUUGAAGCAUAUAUCACCACUUCCAUUUCAGCUGGUGACAUUGCUGGCAUUCCCUCAAUCGCGUUGAAUAUUCCCGACCUAGAAGGUUUCUCCCGCCUACGGAUCUUUGCCAAUUCAACACGGACCGAAAUUGGAUGUCUCCAGGCCACCAUGAGUAACGGUAGAACCUUUUCUCAGCCACAAAUUGUUGGAACGAUCCUUGGAGUUUUCACUGUAUUUGCAGUUCUGGCCUCAUUUGCAACUGCUAUCUAUGGUGUACAAAUUCCGCAUAUGAGAAUGCACUAUGCCCAUUCCUUUUCCAUCUUGAUCAUUUUCGAGACCUUCCAAUCCAUCUUUUUCUCAGGAGCGUUGUCUGUCAACUGGCCCGCUUUGCUCCCUGCCUGGUGGAGCAACUUUGCUUGGACUGCCGGCAUGAUCGCGAGUAACAAUAUGAUCGAGGCCAUCAGUCCCUUUGCUGGUGUCUCAGGAAACGCAAGCCAGGUUGGUUCCGCAGGAUCGAUCCCUAUCAACAACGGAGGUGGUUUGGCACAACAAAUUUUCGGCAGAAAUCUAAAGAGUAGGGCAACUGUUCAACAAGACGAUAUCCUACAGGCACUCGUCCGUCGAAACAACUUCAACUCCAGCAACCCAUAUGAUUACAGUUGGGCUGGAGGACCUCGUAAUCCGGGAAUGCCACUACCAGGUGACUAUUCUGGCUUUCCGGGAGUGUUGUCUGUACUUGGGAUUCCUCGGAACGACGCAUUUAUCGUCGGUCUUAUCUGGUUCCUCGUCGUCUUGGCAGCUGUUGCCCUCUUUAUAAUUUUUUCCAAACUCGCGCUUGAAUCAUGUGCCAAGUGCAAACUGAUCAAGUCGGAUGGCUUCAAUUACUUCCGCUCCCAUUGGCUUGGAUACAUGGCCGCUGCCCUACUCCGAACAAUCUUCAUUGCGUUCUUCGUCAUAACAACCCUUGCGAUGUUCCAAUUCUCUAUUAAAGCACCGUCAGGGCCGACUGCAAUCGCCGCUAUCAUUUUCAUCAUGUUCAUGGGAUUUGCCGGACUUACAGCUUAUGCUUGCUCUGCAAGAUUGCGUGAAGGCAAAUAUGAAGUGGUGUCUGACACUCUUCGCUUCGAGCAAGGCAAGAUCUUAAAGAAGGUCCCGUUUGUUGCGACCACUCUCGAAAGUUCUAUUGGCGAGGAAGAACAGGCACGAAAGCCACGUCUAUUUGCCAGUGUACCAAUCCGACGAAUCAGAUUUGUUGACAAAGACCCUGAAAGGCCUAAAGUUCACCAAGAUGAGCCAUACAUCAACCGUUUUGGGUGGCUUUCGGCUCGAUAUCGAACCGCCCGUUGGUGGUUUUUCGCAGUGUACUUGGCGUACCAGUUUGUGCGCGCAUGUUUUAUUGGUGGUGGUCGAGCAAGCCCACUGGCUCAAGUUUACGGUCUUUUCAUAUUCGAGAUCAUUGCUCUGACCAUUAUUAUCAAACUCAAACCCUUUGAAGGGUCCCGUAACACAACCGCAGCUAUCUGGCUACUGUCGAUCUCCAAGAUUGUUACCACUGGCCUUUCCAUCGCGUUCUUGAGAACUUUGGACCUGAGCCGUGUUGCAGCUACAGCUAUUGGCAUGAUCAUCCUUGUGGUUCAGUGCUUCCUUGCUGCGGCCAUCUUGGUUCUAGUAGUGCUUGGCAUGGUGUCGACAUGGAUGUCCUUAUCUCGCAACCGUGAGGAUUUUCCCGAAAAGAUCGACGAUAUUCGUGUCCGAUAUUUCGAACACAUGGAGAACAGGGCAGGCACCUCCAAGCCCAAGGAAGAUGGAGUGGAUGAACUUGCAGAGUUGUCCCAGUCCAUUUUCAAUGUGAGCAAUGUGCGGCGUAACACUCAAAACAAUGCGUUCCCGACAGUGGAAAGCACAAGAUCGCAAGUCCCGUCUCAUCCGGCACACCCACUCAACCGACCCCGCCGAACAAACAGUGCUGGUUCUCGUCACUCGGUCAACAGCCUGCCUCGGAGUGGGCGCACCCAUCGUGCUUCAUGGAGUUCAAAAGACUUUGCCGAAUGGGAUGCUGAUAUGAAUAGAGGCGACACCUCCCGAAUCAGUCGCAUUCGAAGCAGCUCUCUGCGCUUGCAAGCUUCCAAGUACUCUGUAAGUCGGCCGCCAAUGACACCGACUCGGGAAUCUGCAGAGUUUCCUCGUAUGAGUACGAAUACUGUGGACAAGGACGCGAUUGUCCAAGACAAAAUCGAGGAGAAUGUAGCUACUCCAAAGAGAAGGAAGAGAACGGUAAGCUGGGCAGACCAAAGCUCGAUAUGCGAAGAGCCUUCCGAAGAAGCUUCAAAGGACGACACAAAGGACGACAAACCGCUAGAGAAGAUUGACUCGACAGGUGGUCGAGAUGAAGCAAGCAUACCAAGAGCCGAACAAUAA